CCAUAAGAGGUGUUGAGGAUGAUCUUUCCCUUUGCUUUUACCCUUUGGAUUUAACAUCACGUCUUCUCAAUUCCCUUUUCUUUACUUGUUCGUCAACGCAUCCAACAAGCCUCAAUUCUCAAUCUUUUCCUUUAUCCCAUAAUCUUUUUUUUUGUGUGUGGGAACAUUAAUCCGAUUACAGAGGAUUUCAUUCUCAUGGCCACCACUGGAAAUAAGAACAUCAAUGCUAAAUUAGUUCUACUUGGGGAUGUUGGAGCUGGAAAGUCUAGCCUUGUGUUGCGCUUUGUGAAAGGGCAAUUUGUUGAAUUUCAGGAAUCAACAAUAGGUGCGGCUUUCUUUUCCCAGACAUUGGCUGUGAAUGAUGCUACUGUAAAGUUUGAGAUUUGGGAUACGGCUGGCCAAGAGAGGUACCAUAGCUUAGCACCAAUGUACUACAGAGGAGCUGCAGCCGCGAUCAUUGUGUAUGAUAUGACAAAUCAAGCAUCAUUUGAGAGAGCCAAGAAAUGGGUCCAAGAACUUCAAGCCCAAGGCAAUCCUAAUAUGGUAAUGGCUCUUGCUGGGAACAAAGCUGAUUUACUAGAUGCAAGAAAGGUGGAACCGGAGGAGGCACAAACUUAUGCUCAGGAGAAUGGUCUUUUCUUCAUGGAAACUUCUGCAAAGACCGCAUCCAAUGUCAAUGAAGUUUUCCAUGAAAUAGCUAAAAGAUUGCCUCGAGUUCAGCCAGCACAGAAUCCUGCUGGAAUGGUUCUCAUCGAUAGACCUGCAGAACGGGCAGCAAGUGCAUCUUGUUGCUCUUAGACGAUGUUGUUGUUUCCCGCGUGUAUCUUCUAAAUAGAUCCUGUAAUGCUCAAUGGCUCUGCAAUCAGAGUUUUAUCUUUCCUUUACCCUGUUUGACGAAUCAUUCAGGGCUGUACAUGAAUGUUGUCUAGAGGCAUUGAUGUUGACCCGUUUAUGAUGUUGGAGAUUGGUUUUUCAUGUAACUAAAAAUGGUAAUGCUAUGCUUAUGUUCAAAUAAAUAUGACAUUGAUGGUGUUGA